AUGGCGGGAGGAUCAUUUGCCUCAACAUCUGGGACUCACUUUGAGUCUAAGAUCACAGCAUCUGUCAUAAUAUCUUGCAUAAUGGCCGCCACCGGUGGUCUUAUGUUCGGUUAUGAUAUUGGAAUUUCUGGUGGUGUGACAUCAAUGCCUGGCUUUCUAAGAAGGUUUUUCCCAGAAGUAUACAGAAGGACACAACAGCACGACGGGACUGAGAGUAACUACUGCAAAUAUGACAAUCAAAGCCUUCAAUUGUUCACAUCCUCUCUCUACCUAGCAGCAUUGGUAGCCACCAUGUUUGCUUCCCCGGUGACGAGGAAGUUAGGGCGCAAGCAAACUAUGUUGAUUGCUGGGAUUUUCUUCAUUGUCGGAACUGUGUUGAACGCUGUGGUAAAUAGCCUUGGGCUGCUUAUUUUAGGCAGGAUCCUUCUUGGCUGCGGUGUUGGUUUUGCUAAUCAGGCUGUGCCGUUGUUUCUUUCUGAGAUGGCACCCACAAGGAUUCGUGGAGCACUCAACAUCUUGUUCCAACUUAACUGCACAAUUGGAAUUCUGAUUGCAAACAUUGUCAACUGGUUUACUGCAAAGAUUAAAGCCGGAUAUGGGUGGAGGAUAUCAUUGGCCGUGGCAGGGGUUCCCGCAAUUAUGCUAACAAUAGGGGCCCUCAUUGUGGAUGACACUCCCAACAGUCUUAUUGAGAGGGGUUACGAGGAAGAAGGAAAGGCUGUGCUGAAGAAGAUUCGUGGUGUGGAAAAUGUUGAACCAGAGUUCCAGGAGAUCCUCAAAGCCAGUAAAGUGGCUAAAGAGGUCAAAAGUCCCUUCAAGGACAUCCUCAAGCGCCACAACCGUCCUCCAUUGGUCAUUGCCAUCUGCAUGCAGGUUUUCCAACAAUUCACUGGAAUCAACGCGAUCAUGUUCUAUGCUCCGGUGCUGUUCAACACCUUGGGAUUUCACAAUGACGCUUCCUUGUACUCAGCUGUGAUAACAGGAGCAGUGAAUGUGCUGUCGACCUUGGUGUCUAUCUACUUCGUGGACAAAGCUGGUCGGAAGGUGCUGCUGUUGGAAGCUUGUGCGCAAAUGCUUGUGUCGCAGGUGCUGAUUGCAGUAUUGUUGGGGCUGAAGGUACAAGACCACUCAAGUAGCUUGAGCAAAGGGUUUGCCAUAUUGGUGGUGGUGUUGGUCUGCACAUUCGUGUCAUCUUUUGCAUGGUCAUGGGGCCCACUUGGGUGGCUAAUUCCCAGUGAGAUAUUCCCACUAGAGACUAGGUCGGCGGGGCAGAGUGUGACGGUGUUCGUCAACAUGCUCUUCACCUUCAUUAUUGCACAGGCAUGCUUGUCCAUGAUGUGCACCCUCAAGUACGGCAUUUUCCUCUUUUUCUCCGCCUGGGUGGUUGUCAUGACCAUAUUCACAGUCUUUCUCAUUCCAGAGACAAGGAAUGUUCCCAUUGAAGAGAUGAGUGAGAAAGUGUGGAGAGAGCACUGGUUGUGGAAGAAAUAUAUGGAUGCAUGA